AACAGCCUUAGCCACAGCGAGCAGAACCUCACACAACCACAUCCAACCCAACCCAACAUCCUAACUCCUUUCGUCCCAACCCACGAGUGAACACACACAAGCAAAUCACAAUGGAUCCUCCAAAACCAUCACCAUCAACCUCAUCAACAACAAAACCACCCGAAAACCCAUCCUUCCCCGCCAUCACACCCCUCCCAAAGACCCCGCGCACCUUCCAAACCCCCACCAAGCGCAUCAACACCGGCACCGACCUCGCAACCUUUCUCACAACAACAGCCUACCGCGACAUCCUCCUCUUCCUCCUCCAGCUCAACCGCUCCCUCUGCCCGCGCCGCAACCCAACCCGCCCAACCGGCCCCUCCACAACCUACCCCCUCUCCUCCGUCCCCUCCACACCCGAACGCGGCCUCCCGCCCUCCAUAGCCAGCCUCCAGGCCCUCCUCGCCGAAGCCGAAGCCCUCAUCGAGCUCGCGCCCCCAGACCCGGGCCCCCGCCGCUUCGGCAACGUCUCCUUCCGCAAGUGGCACGAGCUCCUCGCCGAACGCGCCCCCGCCCUGCUGUCCAAGCACAUCCCCGACUCCGUCCUCGCUUUCCCCGCGACCCCGUCCUCCGAGCCGCCCGCCGCCGAGCUCCUGGCGUACCUCCUCGGCUCCUUUGGCUCCGCGCAGCGCCUGGACUACGGAACGGGCCACGAGCUCGCCUUCCUCGCCUUCCUCGGCUCCCUCUACAAACUCUCUUACUUCGCCGACGACACCACCACGAACACCACCGCCGCCGGCUCAGAAAAUGGCCAACCCACUAUUACAACCGCAGCAGCACAAGACACAUCCGCCCUAGACCGCAUUAUCGUCCUCGGCGUAAUCGAACCCUACCUCCGCGUCGUCCGCCGCCUCAUCCUCACAUACACUCUCGAGCCAGCGGGCUCCCACGGCGUAUGGGGCCUCGAUGACCACUCCUUCCUCCCCUACAUCUUCGGCUCCGCCCAGCUCGCGUCGCCCGUGUCCGCGGACUCGGACCCGAUGCCGACCGAGGGCUCCGUCCGCGGCGCGCCCAAGACGGGGGACAUUGUCAAGCCCGCCGUCGUCGAGGACCAGCGCGCCGAGAACAUGUACUUCUCUGCCGUGGGGUUCAUCAACGACGUGAAGAAGGGCCCGUUUUGGGAACACAGUCCCAUCCUCUUUGACGUGUCUGGCGUCAAGGACGGUUGGGGCAAGAUCAACAAGGGCAUGCUCAAAAUGUUCAACGCAGAAGUCCUCCAGAAAUUCCCCGUCGUCCAGCACUUCACAUUCGGCUCCCUCUUCUCCUGGGACCAAGACCCCAACGCCGCGCCAGUAUCACAGUCCGUCCACGCCGCGAACCAGCCCUCGUACAACUACCCAGCAACAACGGCGCCUCCCCCGCCUCAAGCAGGCGCAGGCACGGCUGCGCCGUGGGCGACAGCAGGUGGUGCUGGUACUGUUCCGAUGGGUCGCAUGCCCCCUCCUCCCCCCGGCGGCGCGGGCAUCCCCUACUCGCGACAACCGCCGCCGCCACCGUCAUCCGCGGCUUCGGCGAGGGGGCCGCCGCCGGGUAUGAUGGCCAUGCCUCCCGGCGCGCAGCAGGCGAGGCAGGGCACGGCUGAUGCGCAGAUUGCGUUGACCAAGGCGCCGUGGGCAAAGUGAUGAGACCGAAGAGGAAAACGGAGGAUGUCAUGAGUUAUAUGUAAUAGAUACCCCGACUGGUUGUGGCUCAAGCUGAGCAGAGGUUAGUUUGAACGCCUUGGUGGAGAUGGAACCUGAAAGAAGCCCCAGGGCCAAGACGCGAGCCUGGGAGUGGCCGAACGAGACCAAUGGUAUCUGCAUAGCCUGUAGAUACAACUUGUAGAUACACCGCCUUCGUUGCUCCGGUGUGGCUAUACCGUCUGGAGACAGCAGUCCGGAGACGAGAAGAAAAGAGAAAGAUCAUAUCAGUUUAAGAAAGUACG